CAGGAUGCAUCUGUGAAGGCAGCUACCAAGCGCCGUCUUGUGGGCUGGUGUUGAUCCCCGCAUUAUCCAGGUUGGAGUCACCUAUGUACUGCCCAGCGGCGAUGACCCCUGCUGCCCCAGCGUGGGCGACCCUGCAGAUCACACGGGUGCUGUGUGCACUGCUGGUGGUGCUUUCCAUCCCGUGGAGACUGCGGGGGAUGGAGGGCCCAGACGACUGCUCCUGGGAGGUCGUCCUGAACAGUUUUGAAAAUGUCGGUGAGAAAAGUGCCAGCGAUCACUUCUCAGAUCAAGAGCCUCUGAACCAAGUGGACAAAGAGUUCAGGCGCUUGGUGGACCUGCCCAUGGAUGAUCAGGAGAAGUACCUGGGGUUCCCCUAUUACUUGAAGAUCAACUACUCCUGUGAUGGACAGUCCUCUGAGGCCCUGUUGCGCAGUGGCCACCUGAUGGGGCUGAAGCCUUUGGUGCUCGUCAUCUUCCAGUCUCCCAUCAACUUCUACCACUGGAAGAUUGAGCACCUGGAGAUCCAGAUGGAGGCCAUCCCCUCCAAGAGUGAAGAGUACUGCCACGCAGAGCUAGUGUGUGGCAUGAACUGGUACGUGCCCAUGCCCAUCAAGAAUGGCAGCGUGAUCAUGAAUGUGGACAUCAGCAGCAAUGGCCUGGGGCCCAUCAUUCCCACUCAAAGGUUCCAGGUGAACAUCAACGGCUUCUUGAGGAGAAAGAAAAGCACUUGGAAAUUCAUACUGGGGAAUGAGCUCUUCAACAUGAUGCCCAAGCAGUUUUCAGGCGUGCCAUCGAGGCCGCUGUGGUAUACGGUGGACCACACGCCAGUGCUCAUCCUCGGCGACAUUCCCGAUGAGAAGAGUGUCUUGCUUACAGACUCCAGCUUCAGGGACUUCUUUCUGGUGGAGCUGAGCAUUGACAGUUGCUGGGUGAGCUCCCACUACUGCCCCGAAAUGAACUUCACAGCCACCAUCCAUGACACCAUCUCCACUGAGAGCACCGUGUUCAUCCGGCAGAACCAGCUCGUCUACUAUUUCACGGGCAGAUACAUCGUCCUCCAUGAGCAAGACCUCAGCAGCAACACCUGGGUUCGUGUCCUGCGCAAUGAGUGCAUCAAGAAGCUAUUGCCCGUGCUCUUUCCCAGCAAUGGCUCCGAGUACAUCCUAGCCCUCUCCUCUGGCAAGAGAGAAGGCUACGUCCACCUUGGAACCAUCAGAGAUGGCCACGUCACCUUCGAGCUGAUCCCCAGGCAGAAUUCCGUGUGUGAGAUCAUACAAGCCUUCGGCUGCUCCAUCACCUGGGCCGUCUACAGCUCAGAUGACUACAUCAUGCUCCUGCUGGUUGAGAUUCCAAACCGCAAUUCCAGAAAUUCUUUCCAGGUGGUCAGCUACAAUCUAGUCAACAAUGACCUGACCGUCAUCUGCAACAUCCCAGAGUUCAUCCCUGAUGCGGGGCACCAGGAGUUCUUGGUGAUCUUUGGGGACAUAUCUUACACCACCGUCCCGAUGAUUCCCACGGGCAUGUUCUACAACCCCUACAACAACCUUCUCUUCAUCUGGGGCAACUUCCUGAUGCAGAGCUUUAACAGUGAGAGCUUCAUCUACUUGACCGACUUCCCCAAGGAGCUGUCCAUCAAAUACGUGCUGAACUCCUUCCACGGGGACAUGGUUCUUGUCACAGAGAACGAGGAGAUCUGGUUCCACAAGGAGGAAAGCUACCGGAUAUACAGGCUGUUCCCAUCCAGGGGUUGGGAGGUGUUUGUGAGCCUGCAAAUGAUGCAGCAUUCCACUUCCUACGGCCAUAAAGAGACCAUGCUCACCCUCUUCUAUGAAGACAGGAAUCUGUACCAGCUAGUGUAUUUGGAGAGUCAUCAGGAGAGCCGACUGGUCAAGAGGUUGUUGCCUGUGGAGGAGCUCCUUGCAUACCAGCAAUCCAGCAACUACUACGACCUGCAUGAUAAAAGGAACCGCCUGGUGCUCACCGUCACCAGCCGCUGCUCAUUCACGGAAAUGAAUCUGCGUAACCUGCCCACCCCGCAGAUCUAUUCACGCCAGGAGCACUACCGGGCACUGCCGCCCAUCUCCCCGGACCUGUCAGGUUUCCAUCUCCAGGACUCGCUGACCGUUUACCAAGGCCUUAUCUAUUACCUCCUCUGGCUGCAUUCCAAGUACAACAAGCCCUACGCAGACCCAGUGCAUGACCCUACCUGGCGCUGGUGGAAGAAGAGACAACAGGACCAGGAUUAUUACUUCUACUUAUCGAGCAACAGGAAGAAUAUGGAAAAGAUUCACCUGGACCCAUGGACCUAUGAGAAGAUCUACAACCUCGAAGCCAACCACAACCUGCCUGGGCACAUCUUCUUGGACAGGGGCAACAAAUACACCUUCACCAUCUACCUGACCCUGCAUACAUACUUCAACUUUAAGAACGAGGUGUGCUACCCGAGACACAAGAACAACCUCAGGAACCUGGAGCUGACAGUGAAGCUCCCUGACUAUGGCUGCACUGAUGUGCAGGUGACCAAGACUAUUGUUUUAAGACACAGAGCAGUGCUUUUCUCGAUCACGAUCAGUGACCUGGGCAUGUGCUCUGACCAGGGCAUUAGCGGACACCAUCUCAUGAUGUCCUCUAUGAUGCUGAAGGUGUUGAGCUUCAACCAAGAUUGCAUCCAGAGCAAGGUCCUCAGUCCACACUUACAAGCAAGUCUUGGCCCUUCAUUUGUGGGCAUCUGUGCAGGACCGCACAUGGAGGGAAACCUGAUGAUGCUAGUGUACCUGGGCUGCCCACCCGGCAAGCGCCUAGCCUUUGACAUCACCUACACGCUGCAGUACAACAUGAAGAAGAACAGGCACUACUUCGACUGUGUGAACGAAGACCCCGAGAUGCCCUGUUUCCUCUUCCGGGACACCUUCUACCCCUUCUUCUUAAUCCAAGACUUGGUGACAGGAGAGUCUGGCAAGUUUAAAGGCAGCUACAUCCUGAAGGUGGUGGGCGGUGGGCCCACCAUGGACACCAUCCGGGAAUACAGCGAGGUGGAAAUCAUCCGCUAUAACAGCCCUCUGGACAAAUCCAGAAGCCUCAUCUGGAUCGCUGUUAAGAAGAGCAGUGAGCCCUUGUUCUUUACAAUCAUGUCUGAUGAGAACCCUGGCAUAGAGUGGCUGUGUUUAGAGAACUCUCCCUGCUAUGACAUCACUCCCCAAGGUUUCUUCGCUCCCGAUUUCUUUUUCAAGGUGUUGGUGAGCAAUCGAGGAGUAGACAACAGCACCUACUGUGAUUACCAGCUCACCUUCUUGCUACACAUCCAUGGCUUCCCCAUCAGUGCCAAGCGGACCCUCUCCAUCUUCAUGGAAAGUGUGUCAGCCAUCAUCUUUAUCAGCCUGGUAUUCCUCUACGUCAUCUCCUACCUCAUGGUGCCCUUGUUAAUGAAGGGCUGCAACAUGAUUCGCUGGAAGAUGAACACCCUCAUGGUGUCUGAGUCCUACUAUACCAACCCAUCUUCAUCCAGGAUCCUCACUGUGUCUUCCAAAUCUGUGUUCCCCACCCCUGCCAACUCCAGGGUCACCCCCCAGGUAACAGAGGAGAGUGAGGGCUAGCCCCUAAAGAAGUAGCUGA